AUGUCCGACCCAAACCAAAUCCAAGCCCUCAGCAACCGCGUAAAAGACUCUUCGCAGCAACAAAGAUCCACCCAAUCCACCCACAAACCCCCCAGUUCGCUCGCUUCCAAAACUAUACCCCAGCCGAAAGGCAGCGGAACCAACAUAACGGCAAAAUCCCAGACCGAUCCGAAAGGAUCGGAAGCCACACCCACCAAAUCGGUGGAGCCGGAUCCGAACCCCUCGGGGUCGGUAACCAGGACAACGCUUAAAAACCCAGUCGUAGAAAUCAUAGAUGAUCCGGUCGACGAGUCCCAGAACAAUGUCAAGGCUACAGCCUCUAGAGCAAAGGAGAUUAUCCUGGCCAAAGCCGUCAAAGCCCAAGAAGACGGGGACGAGGCCAAGGCGGACAGGUUCUUCGCGAUGUACGACACCUUAGCGAGAGAAGCUUCCCCCAAGCCAACAACCAGAGACGCAGCGGUAGCUUCAACGUCUUUAGAACCAAUCCCAACCUCCAAGAAGAGACCAAUCAAAGCCAAAGGCAUGCCGCAGGUCAGAGGAAUCAAAUUCAUUUGGGCCAACACCAACUCUCACGACAAUGGCGGUUUCACACCCUACUUCCACAAGAACCUUCUGGAGUUAAAAGGCCCAAUCCCGCUAACCAUCUUCAACAAGGCUUGGCAGGAAGAAGCACUAUCCUAUCACUCAAAAAACCGACCCAAAACCGAUGAGUCGUCGGCGGAGAAGAAUCUGAGAUACCACGGCCUAGCAGUCCCGGACGAAUGGCUCCAAUCCUUCUCAGAUUGGACCUUGAACCACCGGUGUUUUCACGAGACAAUCCGGGAAAGGUACAAUUACCCCGUACUAGCCAAGGUCGAGAAAGAUGGCGAAGAAUCCUUCUCAAACAUUUCCCAGUUCAAACCCGAGACCGCGGACGACACCCAUUCAGAAGCCCGGAAUUUCAACGAACUCGGAGUCAAAGAAAACCCCUACUCUCUAGGGGGGGUCGAGGCAAGGAUGGGACCCCCACACCGGCCAGAAAUCGAUCAAGUCUUCGAGUACAGCCUCGACCACCAACAGCAGCGGCAACAGCAAGCCGGCCGACACCGGUGCCGCCCAACUCCCUACCCGCCAGACCGGACUUGA